CUUCACUUAUUUCUGAUCAUCAUUCUCAUUACCGAUAUACAUCAAUUCAAGUGUCUUAAUUGUCACGUACUAGCUAUAAAUCAUAAAAUAAUUUAAUUUAAUACACACUAAUAUUCCAAGAAAAUUAGAAGAUGCACAGAUCGGCAAGCUGGAGCCGGGCGGAUGAGUACUUCAUGCACCCAAACUCCUCCCCGUCAGCGGGGAAGGGACCGUCGGGGCUACGGGUGUCAGUGUCGUUUGAUCAAGGCGGUGAUCAGCUGCCGGUGUACGAUCCCAUAGCGGAGUUGGCCAAGAAGGAAAGGUCUCGUGUUAAGUUCGCUGAGAAUGCCGUGCAUGUCAUCCCCAUUGUGCUUCUUCUAUGCGCCUUUGUUCUUUGGUUCUUCUCAAAUCCAGAGAUAGACGUGAGGAUUAAAACGGAUCCAAUAGCAGCAAGAAUUGAAGGACUGACGUUAGAGGGGGAGAUUGAGAAUGAUAGUGACGGGACUCAAACAGGCGGUCUUCCCAUUAUGGACUUGGGACUGGACUUGGAUCAAACAACAACGACAAUAUCAACAACAACAAAGCAAAUCAAACAUAAAUUAAAGUGAAUUAGAUUUAGAUGAUCAUCGAUGGCUUAAAUUUCUGUGGACGUUGGGAGAAUUAAAAUUAAUAAAUUAGAAAAGAAAAAAAAACUUGUGGUUUAUAUAUUUUCCUCCUAUAUGUAUUGUUCUCCUCAAGUGCUAAUACUGCUCUCAUUGUACUGGUGUUUUGGUAUAAUGUACA